AUGCGUCUGGGUGGUUUACGUUUAGGAAAACCUAACAACAAGAAGUACAGCUUGGAGGAGUAUUACCACAGGCUGCAGAUCUUCGUCAGCAAUAAAAGGCAAAUCGAUAAACACAAUGCUGAGAAUCACACGUUUGAAAUGAGCCUGAACCAGUUUUCGGAUAUGACGUUCACAGAAUUUAAAAAAAUGUAUCUGUGGAGCGAACCUCAGUGCUGCUCAGCCACAAAGGGGAACUUCCUGCGCAGCUCUGGGCCGUAUCCUGACUCUAUUGACUGGAGGAAGAAGGGAAAUUAUGUGACUCCUGUGAAAAACCAGGGCCCCUGUGGGAGCUGCUGGACCUUUUCUACCACGGGGUGUCUGGAGUCUGCUAUUGCUAUAGCUACAGGAAAGCUCCUCUCUCUGGCGGAACAGCAAUUAGUUGAUUGUGCCCAGGCAUUUAACAACCACGGCUGCAGUGGGGGCCUGCCAAGCCAAGCCUUUGAAUACAUAUUGUAUAACAAAGGGCUCAUGGGGGAGGACACCUACCCAUACCGGGCUGAGAACGGCACGUGCAAGUUCCAGCCGGACAAGGCUAUUGCUUUUGUCAAAGAAGUUGUCAAUAUCACAGAGUAUGAUGAGGCUGGCAUGGUUGAAGCAGUGGGGAAGCACAACCCAGUGAGCUUUGCAUUUGAGGUGACGGGUGACUUCAUGCACUACAGAAGAGGAGUCUAUUCAAACCCAAAAUGUGAGCACACUCCUGACAAGGUGAACCACGCUGUCCUAGCUGUGGGGUAUGGAGAAGAAAAUGGGACUCCUUACUGGAUUGUUAAGAACUCUUGGGGCCGACUAUGGGGCAUGGAGGGGUACUUCCUUAUUGAACGUGGCAAGAAUAUGUGUGGUCUUGCCGCUUGUGCCUCUUAUCCAGUUCCUCAGGUGUAAGAGAGGAGCACAAGCUGGGGAAAGUGGCCACAGAAAAGGGAACGAUUCAUCGUAUAAGAAUUUCUAAAUGCUAAAAUAAAUGAAGUGAGAAAAAACAA